AUGGCGUCCCUCAUCCUUAUCGGCGCGGUACUCGUUGCUGCAAAAGUCGCAGAUGAGCACGAGAAGAAGAAACCCGAUGGACCUUCAGCUGUCAGCGAUAUCAUCACAUUUACUCCUCACGAACAAGAUACACCCCUUACGGAGCCGAUGUCUACAUCGAAAAGAGACAUCCUGAGCCGGAGAUACUGGCACGAGCGCAGGAGAUCAAAGAAGCAUGCCCAGCUUGCUAGCUGUAGUCCGCCCCCGUAUGAAGUGCAGCCUAUGUAUCGAGAACCCGACUCUGAAAAAGACGCAAUCUACGAGCUAGACGGCUCGCCAAUUCCAAAAGAACAUUCUGUGCAUGAAUUGGCAGGACCGGAGGCGCGGACAAGAUUCUCCCUUGGCGAGUACCAAGUCAGAUAGCAUACUCUUGUUUCUUGUCGGUGGUCUUGGCUACUGAACUGCUGACCGGUUUUCUUGGGGUGCGGAUGUUUAAGCUUAUGCCCGUGUAUUAUACUCUACCUGUGGAGCGUUCUGUUUUGUACCUGUUGUAUUUGGUUGUAUCGUGUGGGAAUGAAUUUCCGCGGCUUCAGCUAUGAAUACAGAUACUAGAUAUGGAAUACGAUAGAUACGAUUCCAGAGCUGUUAAUCUAGUCAAAGCGUGCCUAAAUCCACCAACCAUCUUCUCCAGUAUGUAUAGUUGCGACCCUGCGCCCGACUCAAAUUAAAAGCCACCGACCUCUCGCACGAGUCCUUGUCGAGGCAUAUCAGGCAGACGCAAAACAUGAAUUUGUAAUUGAGGUUGCACCGCCGAUGACUCCAAAAGACGCCAGCAAAACGCCGCUGACGGUGACGUGAAGGUGCAUGAAGAAGACUGAAGUCUCCCGCGGGCCCGAAGACAGGGACCACGGGUCCACAGGGUCGCAAAGCGGCUGAGGCUUAGACGGUAGCCUCUACUACUCGGAGUCGGAGAUGGAUGAAACCCCAGGUUCACGGUCUAGAUCUGAC